UUCCCGACUUUGAUUGCUUUUAUGAACAAACUUUAAAAAACUGGAGUACCACAUUAGUUUAGCGCGUCCGAUGUGCAGUUCCUAGUUUGUCACUGUGACCGCCUUUCGGAGGCAUUUCAGUUCAAUAUACUGAUCUGAUUACAUAGCUCAUAUUUUCGUCUGUACUUCGAAACAUCUCAAGCAGUUAUCAAUGGCGGAGAACAAUCAAGGAACAUCUCAAAAUGCCAAUGUGGAAACCCAAAAACAUCUCCUGCAAAGUGAUGCCCUCUACCAGUAUAUUCUUGAAACAAGCGUUUAUCCCCGUGAACCAGAAUGUUUGAAAGAACUCAGAGAUCUCACUGCAAAACAUCCACAUGCCAUUAUAGCUAUUCCAGCUCACGAAGCUCAAUUUUUGAUGCUUCUGUUGAAACUAAUAAAUGCUAAGAAGACUCUAGAGAUUGGCGUUUUCACAGGAUAUUCUCUGCUCUGCACAGCUCUUGCUCUGCCCACUGACGGAAAGGUCAUAGGCAUCGAUAUAAACAGAGAACCAUAUGACUUGGGGAGGCCUAUCAUUGAGUCAGCAGGAAUUGCCCACAAAAUUGAUUUCAGAGAGGGCCCUGCUUUGCCCAUUUUGGAUGAAUUCAUACAACAUGAGGAGAUGGUGGGGUGUUUUGAUUUUGCAUUUGUAGAUGCAGACAAACACAACGCUCUGAACUACCAUGAACGUCUGCUGAGAUUGGUGAAGAUUGGAGGACUUAUUUGUUUCGACAAUUCACUGUGGUGUGGUACUGUUGCUGGGUGUGUUGCAACCCUGCCUGAACAAGUGAUAAAUGCAACACACUAUGUAAUUGAGCUGAACAAGGCACUUGCUGCUGACAAACGUAUAGAGAUUUGCCAGUUGCCUAUUGGUGAUGGGCUCACCUUAUGUAGGCGCAUUUCCUAGGCAGGUUUCAGGUUUGUGUUUGUUGUGUUGUUUUAAGGAAUUAUGAGAAGAGAGACAGAGGUGUCAACUGGAAGUCUGUUAGUUGCAUGCAUGUCAAAUUAUUUUCAUCAACUAUGGGUUUUAUAAAUUAUCUAUUCUUGAAAGUUUUAUUUUGUAUUCAUGAACUCAAAAAUUGAGAAGCAGUAAAGGUUACAAGGUUUAAUGUGUGUUA